ACAGAAGUCAGAUGAGGGGUCAAAUCCUGAGGGAGGAAGACGCAUCUAGACGGACUUUCAGUCUCUUUCAGCUCGAUGUGAAAAUUUACAUGUAGUGAGACAGAAUAGUUGUCUGUAGCACCGCCUCAGAAUUACAUCUGAAAUGUCCGCUGGAACAUCUGUACUGCUCAGCUGGACCCAGCUGUGGCUCUGCCUCCUUGUUUUGGUCUGUGCAGACCAGAAAAACAUAACAUCUAAGUCUGGACAGAACGUCAUUCUGCCAUGUCGAGCUCCAAACAAGGACAUCAUUGUUUUAGAGUGGAGCAGAGCUGACCUGGGAGAAGAAUAUGUCCUAACGUACCGAGACGAGCAGUUUGAUCCAGAUGAGCAGCAUCCAUCUUUUAAGAACCGGGUGGAUCUGCAGGACAGACAGAUGAAGGAUGGAAACGUGUCUUUGAUUGUGAAGGAUGUGAUGAUUAACGACACUGGAACAUACAAGUGUCGUAUCAUCAUGAAUGAAACACGCUUGUGGGAAUCCAUCAACAACAUCAACCUUCAUGUUGAUCCUCCAGGUCAGACAGGAGGAGGCAGAUUUGUCCCACUGAUACUUUGUCUACUUGGUUCCACUGUCUUUAUUGUGGUCAGUUUUCUGAUCUACAGAAGAAAACCCCACAAAUAGGAUUCACACGUCCUUCCUGUUGAACAGCAGCAUAUUUAAAAUGUCUCAGAGCUUUUUAACUGUGAACUGAGUCUCUUGCAAUUGUUACUAAAUAUUUAUUAGAGUUUUCUCAUUUUAAAGAAAAGCAAGGCAGCUUUUAUUCAUUACAUUUUUUAAGCACUGCUUACAUGUAUUUGCACAUCUCUGGAUUUGUCAAUAUAUUUACUUCUAAUAUGCAUUUUAUUGUUAAUGUUAAUGAAAUUAUAGCUGAAGUUCCUGAUUCACCGCCCAACCCAAUAUGCAGUUUUAUCUGUUUAUUGGGUUUCUGUUUACAGUGUUUUAAAGUCUUAACUGUGAAUAUAAAUUGUAUUUUAAUGACUGAACAUGUGUUGCUGUGUUGAUAUGUGCCUGUUUCUUUUAAAAUGUGUAUGUUUGUUUUUAAAUGUUUUCCCAAUCUUACCCCACCUUACCUCUCUGAGCUUCUUCAUCCCUACACACCCUGUUGGUCUCUUACUUGCUUAGUUGGAGUACCGAGAUCCGGGAGGAAGCUCAGAGGGAGCAGGGCCUUCUCUAUCGUGGCUCCUGAAUUUAGAGAGGUCCCAUCUCUGUCCACUAUUAAAACACGCCUUUGGCUUUUGACCUCAGUGAGACUUAGUGUCUCUUGUAUUUAAAUGUGUUAUUUAAUUAAUUAUUUUAUUUUUCUUUUAUUUGCUUUCAAUUAAAUCAAAUGUUAUUUUUAUUAUUUAGUUCCGAUCCAUGGCACUUUGCGCCAGCUGUGGUUGCUUUAAAGACUUUAUUAAAAAAGAUGAUGGUGAUACUUGUGCUCAUUGUAAUUCAGUCUAUAUCUUAAAUGUUGUUUUGUAUUAUUUUAUGCUUUUUAAUGUUCUUAUUUUUUUACUCUAAUUUGUUUACAGUGUUUGGUGCUUAGAAUUAAAAAAAUAAAAUAAAAUCAUAACUAAAGAAAAACUGAAAUAGAAUAAUCUGAAUUUUAAUCAGUCUUGAGAAAACAAACAUCACUGACAGGUACAACCUUGCCACUUAAAAAUAUUAGAAAUGAGAAAUAAUCAAAAACAUGCCAAUUUAGUCAUGUUUACAAAUCAUGCCACACAGGUUAUCAUGUCACUUGUGUUGCACACUUGGAUUAAAAUGAAUUGAAACCAGUGUGGCUUUGUGAGUUCGCCUUUACUGCAUCUGCAAAUAUAUACAUGGACAUAGCACAGCGUUACACACUUUUGCAGUCUC